GCCAAAUUUUUGACCAAAACCCACAACACCUCGCCUCUUUAUUUUCUCCUCCGUCAAGAUCACGGUGAUCAAUCAAGCAACCGAACUCCUUGUCCAAGUCGCCCAACGAUCCGUCAUAAUGGCCAAGGUCUCUACCAACGUUUCGUCCUCGAGACGCAAGUCUCGCAAGGCUCACUUCUCCGCGCCUUCCAGCGUUCGUCGCGACAUCAUGAGCGCUCCUCUCUCCAAGGAGCUCCGUGAGAAGUACAACGUCCGCUCCAUCCCCAUCCGCAAGGACGACGAGGUCACCAUCGUUCGUGGCUCCCAGAAGGAUAAGGAGGGCAAGGUCACCUCCGUCUACCGCCUCAAGUACGUCAUCCACGUCGAGCGCGUCGUCCGCGAGAAGGCCACUGGUGCCGCCGUCCCCCUCGGCAUCCACCCCUCCAACGUGGUGAUCACCAAGCUCAAGCUCGACAAGGACCGUGAGGCCAUCCUUGAGCGCAUCAAGGCCGGCCGUGAGGCUUCCAAGCCCAAGGCCGCUGCCACUGCUUAAGCGGUGACAACAUGAGACCUUGAAUGCAAAAAAAUUAAACGACGAAAAUUUUCUCGGUUCGGCUGGUCGAGAUUCGAUACCCCCCCGUUUCUCUCAACAAUCUCGGUCGGUACUCUGGCGUCAAAUCGGUUGCUUGCGAAAUUACGGAUAUCUUGGGACAGGGAAAAUCACAGGGACGGAUCUAGAAGACACCAUCACCUCAACAGGGUUUUGAGGGAGAGAGAGACAGAAUCAACGAAUCGAGACAAUUUUUUUGUUCUCAAUGGCCAAUUUUCACUGUUUUCAAGUGAUUAUUGUUCCAUGGGAGGUUUAUCCCGAAGCCACAUCUCUUGUCUCUGCAUAUUUUUUGGCCUUUUGACUGGAAAGGCCUGUUGUAUACUGCCUCGAUUUCGUUGGUACUAACUUUUUAGGAGUCGUAAGCAAGACUGAUGAUCAUGUUGGAUCGGGAUGUCUCGAUGACGCACGGUAUUUUCUCACGGCUUUCGAGGUAAACAAUUGGCGAAGAACAAAUCGGCACUUGACCUCUCGAAAGGGCCAUGGUGCUCUCGCCUGCAGACUUCCUCGGAGAGAUUAUAUCGAUGAGAGAGGGGGUUUGAUGGUGAGGGACAUUUUAUUGCCAAGGUAGAAGAAGAAUUGAAAGAGUUGUUGCAAG